CUUGUCCUUCUCCUGUUGAGCAGGGCCCAUCAAGCCAUGCUUCCUCAUCAAUGGAUCAUCCUUUCCUUAGCCACCGCUCAUGCUGCCCUUUCAGCAUUCAUGCCGACGGAUGUUCAUCCCCACCAGAAGCGGAUAAAAGGCCGCUUUCUCUCACACCGACGGAAGCAGCGUCCCUCGCGCCUUGCACGGGAGCUGCCAGCAGACGACCAAGCAGACGACGGCAGUCACGAAUCCACCCAUCAUCCAGCGACGAUGCUCGGCCUGGUUGUUGGCCCCCCUGUGCAGCUGAGGCUCGCUGCCGUGAAGAGCGUUGCCGCUGCUGACAAGAUGACGGCCGACGUGUCCACAUCCAAAGGGGAGGCUGUCUUGAGCACGGGAGUUGUGAUGAGUUACUUGAGGACAGAGCCGGCUGUGAGGGAUCCACGCAAGCCUCCUCUGGUUUUCGUGCAUGGCUCAUUCCAUGGCGCAUGGUGCUGGGCGGAGCACUGGAUGCCGUACUUCUCUCAGCUGGGCUAUGAGUGCAUCGCCAUCAACCUGCGCGGCACUAGCGGCACUCCCGUUCCUGCCUCUGAGGAAGAAAUCAGGUCCAUCAAGAUAGAGAGGCAUGUGGAGGACGUGGCUGAUUUGCUUCGCAAGACGGUGCCUGAUGGCAACGUGGUGCUCAUUGGACACUCGUUCGGCUCGAUGACCAUCCUGAAGCUCCUGGAGCAGGGACUGGUGAGCCCGAAGGGUGUGGCAUUGGCGUGUUCAGUUCCGCCAUCCGGAAAUGGGCCCAUGACUGUGCGCUUCAUCCUCCGAAGUGUCGUGGACGCCGUCCAGAUCGUUCGGGGGUGAGAGAGAACGUAGAGAGAAGGGAGGGGGGGAGCAGAGGAUGCGUCACCUUCUCCCUUGCUGUCUGCGGUGGCCAUGGAUCAGGUUUGUGUUCAAGCAGGCGAUGACGUCCUGUGCUCUGGCACGGCAGCUCUUCUUCGACUCAGACAUGCCCGAGGAGAAGGUGGAAGCCUACCGCAAGCUCUUCUGCCUUGACGGACAAGUAACAAAGCUAACCACCGAACCGUCCACACAUCACAUGUCACGAUAUACGUGUCUGUCUGUCUGUCUGUGUCUUCAGAUUGGCCUCGACGUGCGUUCGCUAUCCGGCAGUCUCCCCUCCCGCCAGGCCCUCCCCUCCGGCCGUGCAUCGUGGCUCGACGAAUCGCUGCCGCGACUGGUCAUGGGCACGCGCCAAGACUACAUAGUUGAUGGGCAGGGAGUGGAAGAGACGGCCAGGUUCCUGGGCACGGAUGCCGUCAUGCUGGAUGGGGUGCCGCAUGAUGUUAUGCUGGCGUCGGGGGACAGGUGGCGGGCGGGGGCCGAGGCAAUCGCCGAGUGGCUGGAGGGGAAGGUUGUUGCAAGGGCACCAGACAGAUGAG